GACUGCCAGUUGUCAGAGAGCAGCUCCAGCGUUGUCAGUGUUAGCAGUGUGGUCGGGGGUAGGCAGCAGGAGGACGGACAGACUUGGACACACUUGGAACAGCUUUCCCACUUUGCUCCAACACAGGGCGAGGUCAGGCAGGAUGUGGACGUCAGCUAUACAGUUGGUUUUCAUUGGUGUAUACCUUCAGUCAUUUUGAAUUUGCAGGUACCCACAUGCUACCCAUCAUGCGAGUUGCACGGCCUUGUGGCGAAUUGCCCCUCAAGGAACCACUACUGGGUUCCGGCCCUGCCUCCCAACAUCACCCACCUCUACCUGGAGAUGAACUACAUCAGUGAGAUCAACAGCAGCUCGCUCAGAAACUAUGACCAGCUGCAACAACUAGAUCUUGGGAUGCAGAAGGUGCCGCUAGUCUUAAGGAACAAUGCUUUCCUAAGGCAGAGAAAAUUGACGAAAUUGGUCCUGGGCUACAAUAUUGGCCUUCAGAUGGAGCCAAGGUCAUUUGCAGGACUGUUUAAUUUACAACACCUCUUUUUGGACUAUUGCAAUUUGUCAGACUCCAUUUUAGCAGAACGAUACCUGGAGCCACUUUUGUCCCUAGAAACCCUUGAUCUCUUUGGUAAUAAAAUUGUGAGACUCCGACCAGGACUGUUCUUUCCAAAACUUACAAAGUUCACACAGCUUAACCUCAAAUUGAAUAAAAUUGAAACCUUAUGUGAACAUGAUCUGGUUGGUUUCCGGGGGAAAUACUUCAAACUCCUGAAUUUGAACUCCAACAAACUUCAUAACGGUUAUAGUAAAGAUUUUGACUGGAAGAAAUGUGGGAACCCUUUUAGAGGGAUGGCCUUUGAAGUCCUUGACUUAUCAAGUAAUGGGUGGGACACAAAUACAUCAAGAUACUGGUUCAAAGCAAUAGAGGGUACUCCAAUUGCUCAUGUUAUAUUCUCUGGACACAUAGGCAGAAGCCUCUCGUUCGCCAACCUUCCUGAUCCAGAUGAAAGCACAUUUGAAGGCCUCAUGAACAGCUCAGUCAACAUUCUAGAUCUGUCUAGAAACUGUAUAUUUGCUUUGGAGAAGGCAUUUUUGAGUCCUCUAAGGGAUGCAAUAAUUAUUGACAUUUCUCUGAACAAUAUCAAUCAGAUAAAAAAAAAUGCCUUCAAUGGUCUUCAAGGACAUUUAAGAAUGCUCAACCUUUCAUACAACCUCCUCGGAGAAAUAUAUUCUUAUACAUUUGCCAAUCUCACUGACCUCCGGGUGUUGGAAUUGUCUUACAACCACAUUGGCGCAUUGGGACAAAAAGCUUUCAGCGGUCUUCCAAAGUUACGAGCGUUAUAUCUGACAGGAAAUUCCCUCAGAGUCCUUGGUAUCCUGCCUGCAUUACCAAACUUGGAUUAUCUUCUUUUGGGCGACAAUAAAUUAAAAUAUCUGUAUGAAAUAAGCAAAUUCGGCCACAACAGUAUCCAUUUGGAUGUUACAGACAACCGAUUAACAAAUUUAGAGGAUGUUUAUACAAUUUUAACUACAUUCAAUCGUCUUCAAAAUUUCUUCUAUGGUGGCAACAUCAUCAAGUGGUGCACAAUGAGUCCGAAAGUUCCUCAUAACAACAGUUUGGAAGUGCUGGAUCUUCAUGACAGUUCUCUGAAUGUAAUUUGGGCGCGGGGGGAGUGCCUCGACCUGUUUGAUCAUCUAGCCAACCUGCUUGGUCUAAAUAUAAGCCAUAACUCCAUUUCAACUUUCCCACACAGGAUUUUUAGCGGUUUAAGCUCAAUCUAUGAGAUGGACGUAUCAUAUAAUGCCUUAACGUAUCUGCAGCAGGAUCUCUUCCCGAGCAGCCUGAGAAGACUGGACCUCUCGGACAACUUUUUAGCCUCCCCGGAUCCUGUGACUUUCCUGUCUCUCAGCUUCCUCAGUCUGGCUGAAAAUCAGUUCCACUGUAAUUGCGAUCUACAGAGCUUCCUGAAGUGGCUGACCGAGACCAAUGUAACCUUCCCCAGCCCGAUUGAGGAGUACAGCUGUGAGUUCCCAGCCACUUUCCAUAAUCUCCCUCUGCUGAAUUACUCCAGGGUCAUCGAACCGUGUGAGGAAGACGACGACAAGGCCGUCCAAGUUCUUCAGUUUGCGCUGUUCAUCUCCUCCGCUCUCCUGGUCAUCACUCUCAUCCUCAGCGGGAUUGUUUACGCCCGUCUCCGAGGGCACGUAUUCAUCAUCUAUAAAAAGAUUAUCGGUAGGGUUCUUGAAGGCCCAAAGCUGAACCCUCCUGUGGACGAGGUGCAGUAUGAUGCCUUCCUCAGCUUUAGCGAAAAUGACUAUGGGUGGGUGGAAGCCGCUUUGCUGAAAAAGCUGGAUAACCAGUUUUCUGAAGAGAACCUCUUCCGCUGUUGUUUCGAGGCCAGAGACUUCCUGCCUGGCGAGGAUCACCUGACCAACAUCAGGGAUGCAAUCUGGGGCAGCAGGAAGACUGUGUGCGUAGUCUCCAAAGAGUUCCUCAAAGACGGUUGGUGCUUGGAGGCGUUUACUAUGGCUCAGGGCCGGAUGCUGGAGGAGCUGACAAACUUCCUGGUUAUGGUGGUGGUAGGGAAGUUGGCUCACUACCAGCUGAUGAAGUACCACGCAGUCAGAGUUUUCGUCCAGAGGAGGGAGUACCUGACUUGGCCGGAGGACCCUCAGGACCUGGAGUGGUUUUAUGAGCGGCUCGUCUCACAGAUACUUAAAGACACUAAGGGAAAAAAGUUUGACGAGGACAAACUUGAGCCUGCACAGCCUGAUGUCCAACCUCAGAUGGAGAAGGGUAUCCAGCUGGAGAACAUCGGAGCAGUUCCUAUAUGAAUUCUGGUUGUAAAAAAGAACAUACUUUAACCAAGAAAACCUGAUGAUACCAACAUCCACCCUGCUGAAGCGUCCCCAGAGAGCAAGACCUUAGGCUUCUUAGUCUCCGCUUUAAAAGGUACUUUCUGAUUUCAAGAAAUAAAAGGAAAUGAGUACACCAACUUUCAGACAAAGUAAAGGCAAAGAUUCAGAACUACAUCCAGAACCCGAUGAGCCUGAAGAGUUUUGUUUUUAAUUUUCAUGUAUUUAGUAAAUAGGUGGCAUGGCAUGAAAUCCAUUUAUAAUUCCUUCUACAUAUAUAAAUCUUUUUUAAUUGUACGCUUUUACAGCUUUUUUUGGACCCAAUGACUACAUUAAAAUAAAUAAUGUUAAAUUUUAAUCUGUUAUUAUGAUAUUUAAAUGUAUCAUCUUAAACUUUUACUAGGCAGCUUUUUCUUCAUUUCACAUUAAGCAAAUCUCCAGCACAACUUUGAAAUGCUGGAGAGAGAAAAUGAUCGCUGCAGAUGUGGAGAACUGCUGCUCUAUGCAGACCUGAACACAGGUGAAUUCAGGGAAAUGUGUACAGAAUAAUAACUCCUGUUACUUGCUAUUUUUAUUUUAUUUCUUAUUUUUUGAUUUACUUUACAUUUUUCUUUUAAUUCCAAUGUAUAAUCGAUGUGUAAUACCUGUGUUUCUGUUGCUGCCUGGACAUGUUAAUUUCCCUACUGUGAUUAUUAAAGGUCCAUCUUAUCUUA